GGUGUGGUCACGACCUGCGGAAUCUUCUUGCAAUAAUAGUCCCUUUCACCAGCACAUUGGUUCUGCUUUGGAUCCUAUCGGUCAAGCUGCAACACAGCGAGCCUUGAAGGAAUUUGGGUCUCCCCAGUUGAGGUGUAAGUUUUCUCGUUGCUCAGACUGGAGUCCGGAGUUUCAUCAACGGCACAGAGAACGAUGCCAGUCUUGGGCAGGUCCACCAGUGCCAAACUGCAGUGCCUACCGCCAUGAUCCUGACCCAGGCAGGGUAGGAGCUGCAUGUGGUGUCCCCAAAAGCCCAGCAUCAGAUGCUCUCUCAUCCCACACAGGGCACAACAACCAGCAGAAAUCCACCUCCAGGUCCCAAGGAUGCCCUAAUCAGAACCUCAGUUCAAAACAAGAUUGCUCUGCUCCAGUCGGUCAAAGUUGGGGAAGCCGGGGUGAAGACAGGCCUCUGUCAGGGCAAAGGACCAGCCUCACAAAUACACCCACUCAUGGUUUAAACCAGCUGAGUGGAAGCAAUAACUCCUCAGCUCUGAACAGUCCUGAGAUAGCCCGCAAGAUUGCAGAAGAGGCCACCAAGGUGUCAACAAUUUUCAAUGAGGUCCGAAGUUCGCCACCUCCUGUUGUUUUCGGGGGUUCGUCUACUCCAAGCAGCACAAACUAUGGGUAUCCUUCUAGAGAAAACCAGUCCUUACAGCAGAGUCCAGUGCAGCAUUCGGCUGUCAAGAUGAACAUACCAGUGCAUGAAGACCAUUCUACGACAAAUGGGGUGCAUAAAGCCCCAGCUACAAAGAGCUCAGAUUUAAGAGAUGACCUGGCCAAUCAUCAAUCUGUUCUGUCCCAGUGGGAGGAGACCCUGAUUCCCCAGCCCUCCCGUCUCGUCUUCUUCGUCCAAGUCUGUCCAAAGCAGACGUGUGUUCUCCACUCCGAGAUCCUCGUCAGCUUAGAGCUGACUUGCCAGUCUCUGACAGCCCCACUUUACACCGUCACAAGCCUCCGCAGUACACCGGAGAGGAGUGGACAUCUGUGGAACCCUGGUUCCUGGACGAUGAGGACUGGGAUGACCAUGUCGUUGCAGAAAGCGUGGAGAUCUCCAGGCGGUUGUUUAUUGGUCAGAGUGUGGACGAUUCUCCGGUCAGCUGGACAUCUAGACAGCAGUGGAAAGAGCAGGCAAAGAAAGAGGAAGGCAAGUUCAGUUUGUCUGAAAAACUUGAAGGUAAUCUCAAGAGCAGCAGUCCAGUGUACAGAAAAAGUGAUAGGGUUGAGGUCGUAGGACGAAGAGAGGAGAAUGUGACCAAUUCGGUAUGUGGAGCAAAUCACAGCCCUGGGGAAAGUGUAGAGGAGAUGACCAGGCUAACACAGCAACAGAGACAGGCAGAAUGGAGGAGAAGACAGGCUUUGCUUCUAGGGCCGGUGGUAUUAGAAGAGGGAGAUGGGGAGAGAGGAGAGUUCGAACAGGGGUUUGGAGAUCACCAGGGUUUGGUUGGGUCAUCCCCAAGCUCUAGUGGAGUAACGGGAAGCCUGGGAGACAGAGACUGCAUCUCACCUGAGUCCAGCCAAAACAGCAACCAAUCAGAUCACCCAUCAUCAGGAAUACAGUCUGAUGGCGGUUCUUUAGUGCCAGGUCCAUCUCUGCACUGUCAGAAAAUUGCUCGUGCCAAGUGGGAGUUUCUGUUUGGCACUCCAGCAGAAAACACUGCCAGCGAACGAGAGAAGAAUGUUCCAGAAUCCUCCACAGCACCACCAAGUGGCCACUCCACCCCAAUCCCGCCUUCUUAUCUGCCAUUGGAGGAGCUUGCUCUCAGAGCUAAUCAUGAUGUCCAACACGUGGUGGUGGAGCUAGUGACUCCUCCCCCUGCUGCCCCAGGCACCUCCCCCAAAACAGGCAUAAUUCGGCGAACUUUGAAAUACUCUGAGACUGAUCUGGACGCUGUUCCGUUACGAUGUUACCGGGAGACUGACAUAGAUGAGGUGCUGUUAGCAGAGCAAGAGGAUGCUGACUCAGCAUUUGGAAGUAACCGAAGUGUCAUGGGAACUUCCUGUGCUGGGAGCAGCCCGCUAGGAGAGAUGCCCAAUGAAAGAACAGAUGGACAGGAGGAUGGGGAGGAGGAGGAGGAGGAAGAGGAGGAUGUUGCGAGCUGGGUCACUGUCAGGAUGCAGGGUGAUGUGAGGAGGUUGUUGGCCGAUCAGGAGCGAGAUGAGGAAGAGGAGUUUUACAGCAUGAUGCUAAAGAGGGCCCACGAUCAUUUCAUUAACGACCACCCAGCUCUAAAAUCACCCAUCCUGGUUCGUGGUCCUCGCAGAAGGUCUGGAGACAGUUUGGACACAUUUAGUCGGCAUUUCGAGAACAUCAUGGAGUCACACCGUGCCAAAGGCACCUCCUACAGCAGUCUGGACAGUCUCGACCCUCUGACCUCUAGCACUCAAACUGUCCUAACCUUUGACCUCCCCACACUGACUCCACAGGUGCAGGGUCAGAUCUACCAGAGUGCCCGGCAAAUCGUGGAGCUCAGCUUCGCCCCAUUGGCUCACGUAGAGAUGCCCAGCCUCUCAGAGUCAGCGCUGACUAUAACAGGGGACACCGAUGCCACACGGGCGCCAUCCAGCGAACGUCUCAGCAGCGGGUCCGAUGAUCGCAAUGGACAGAGCUGGCAAAGCAACCCACCGCUUUCACUGCCCAGAGAGAAAUCUCCUCGCUUUGCUGCGGACCCAGAUUUGGAUCAGGAGCUGAGCGAGCGUUUGGGUUUGGGUAGUAAUGACACCCUCAGUAACGGCAACCGUGCCGAUCUAGACUCUGCCAAACGUCUGGCCAAACGCCUCUUCAACCUUGACGGAUUCAGGAAGUGCGACGUUGCGCGCCAUUUGAGUAAAAACAAUGACUUCAGUCGCCUGGUGGCAGAGGAAUAUCUGCGUUACUUCAAUUUUACUGAAAUGACUUUGGACCAUGCAUUAAGGGCAUUUCUACUAGAGUUUGCUCUGACGGGCGAGACACAAGAGAGAGAGCGAAUCUUAGCACAUUUUUCUCGUCGAUAUGUGCAGUGCAAUUCAUCUCUCACACUAUCUGAAGACAGUGUCCACACGCUGACCUGCGCCCUUAUGCUGCUCAACACAGACCUGCACGGCCACAAUGUUGGCAAGCGAAUGUCCUGCACUCAGUUCAUUGGGAAUCUAGAAGGACUAAACAGCGGUCAUGACUUUCCCAAAGAACUCCUCAAGGCCCUGUACAACUCUAUUAAAAAUGAAAAGCUGCAGUGGACAAUCGAUGAAGAAGAGUUGCGCAAGUCAUUUUCAGAGCUGGGCGAGCAGAGAGGAGAGUCGAACUCCAGAGUCAAGCAGAUGGCCAGCGGCUUCGUUCCUCCGUCCGGAGCUCUGCUCUACAAAACGGGUUUUCUGGUGAGGAAGGUCCACGCAGACUGUGACGGCAAGAGAACGCCGCGUGGAAAAAGAGGAUGGAAAACAUUUUAUGCUGUUCUUAAGGGACUCAUCCUUUACCUGCAGAAAGGCGAGUAUCGGCCGGAUAAACAGUUAUCGGAUGAGGACUUGAAGAAUGCCGUGUCUAUUCAUCAUUCCCUGGCCAUCAGAGCCACAGAUUACAGCAAACGGCCAAACGUGUUUUACCUCCGGACCGCUGACUGGAGAGUCUACCUCUUUCAGGCCCCGAAUGCUGAACAAAUGCAGUCUUGGAUCACACGCAUCAACACAGUGGCAGCCAUGUUUUCAGCCCCGCCCCUCCCUGCUGCCAUUGGCUCACAGAAGAAAUUCAGUCGACCGCUGCUACCUGGCUCCGCCUCCAAGCUGUCACAGGAGGAGCAGGUACAGGCUCAUGAAGCUCGAUUUCGCUCCAUCUCCACUGAGCUCGCACAACUGCGCUCUUAUCCACCUGACAGAAAGGUUAAAGGUCGUGAACUUGAGGAGUACCGACUGAGGGAGGAAUAUCUAGAGUUUGAGAAAACGCGCUAUGAGACGUACAGCAUGCUCCUGCGGGCAAAGCAGCGUUGCGGCGACGAUGAUCUGUCAGUGUUCGAAGCCAUGCUCCUGGAGGAAGGUGCGCUACAGAGAGCUCAAUCCAGCCCCACGCUUCAGGACAGCAGUAUGACCUGCAGCACCAGAGACGGCGCGAGCCAAAGCAGCGCCGCCGCCGCGCACAAGAACCGUCCGGAAACGGCAACAACAACGGCUGCUCCCGCGGUCAGGGCCAGAGACACAGCUACCGGCAGGCCGUCCGCAAAUGAACCCGCCGCCGCCACCCACAGGAAGCUCGCUGUACUGGAGAGGAAGUGAGGUCUCUCUCUUUCCUGUGUGCGCCCUCCUGCUCUGUGUGCCAUCAGGAAGGGGUGUUGAUUCCAAAAGAAUCUGACUCUGUGAUUGGCUGAUGGCUGGGUGAUGUCACAACACAAGGUGCUAUGGGAUCUGGACAGGAGAACGUGAUUGGAAUCCGGAGGAACGUAAAUAUGAAACGCGUAACCUUCCUUUGCCUUCUAGUUCUCGGUUUCUUCUGCGACUUCUCGCCCGAAGCCAUUUCAUCGCACACUAACAAGUCAAAUCUGGGCCUAAACGUCUUCGAACCUUUAAAAUAUGACCUUUAGUUUUCACAUUUCUAGAAACAACUCAUUUGUUUACAACGCAUAGUAAAAUUCACCAGUUCUGCUCAAAAUGGACAUGAAAAGUAUGGCUCAAUCUCGGAUCUGUGCAUUUUGCACGGUGAAACACGAUGCUUGUUAUUUGUCAUAUGGGCUUCUCAUUUUGUCGUGUUUAGGAGCGGUAGGUGAGCAGAAAACUGACUAGCCCGUAUGCAACUAGUUAUUUCUUCAUGUUGUUCUCAGCAUUAGCGAUCUGUACUUGUACAAUAAUGCACAGAGACAUCAGUCACUAAAUACACCAUCCGUUUGCUCCGCAAAACCCCGUUUUGCCCUAAAACGUCUUUUGCACUGAACACUAAGUAUUAUUAAACUGCAAAACUCAUUUUCUCAAUCAGUUUUUUUGUCUUUUUCUGUAAAAAAAAAAAUGUAAACAUCCUUAAAAUGACACAUUUAUUUGAAAAACAAAUUCUGAAUUAAGUUUUUCUUACCUCAUUGUAUUUUUUUCCUAGUUUUUAAGCACAUCUUGUUAGAUUUAUGCUUAAAAUGGGGGAAAAAAAAAACAUUUGCGACAUAACCUUAAUUCAAGAUAUAUUUCAUAUUUCAGCAUGCAAACGUACAUUUACGUAAGAAUGCUUAUUGUUAGUGGGAAAAAAGUUUUUCUCACACCAUUGAAAUUUUUCUUGUUUUUAGGCACAAAUCUCAACAUUUUGUUAGGACUUGUUUAGAUUAAAAAAGGAAUGCAUUAUUUAUGAAUAAGUAAGAAAAAUAAACUUAAUUCAAGAUAUAUUUUUAAAAGCAAGUUUCAAGAUGCAAACAUGCAUUUUUUUUUUUUUUUUUUUUUUUUUUUUGGUGAAAAUUAAAAUUAUAUCCAUUUAGUUGAGAAAGCAUUGUUUUCAUGUCUUGAAUUAAGUUGAAUUUUUUAAGCACAAACCUUUAAAUUUUGUUACAUUUUCACACUUAAAACAAGAAAAAGUAUUUACAAGUGAGUUCUAAUAAACUUAAUUUAAGAUCUAUUCUUUGAAAACAAGUUCUAGUAUGCAAAAGUUAAAUUUAUGGAUGUUUAAAUAUUUUUGGUGAAAAUCAGUGUUGUAACAAAUUUAAUUAAGCUUAUUAGCAUUUUUUUCUAGUUUUUAAGCACAGAUCUCACUAAAUUGUUAAUUUAUGCUUAAAACAGGAAAAACUAUUUGUUAAUAAGUUAAGAAAAAUAAACUUGAUUCAAGAUGUUUUCUCUGAAAAACAACCCAGUUUUUAGGCAGAAACCUGACAAAAUUAUUAGAUUUAUGCCUGAAACAGGAGAAAAAAAAAAAUUAGAAAAAUCCAAGAUGGAUUUUUAAGGAUGUUUAGAUAUUUUAGCACAAGAAACAAGGCAAAAAACAGUUUGAGAAAAUGAUUUCUGCAGUGAACGGAACAGAGACGCGUAUCUUUGUCUGUAUAGUUGAUUUCUUGAAUAUGCUCUAUUUUAGCUUCUCGUCCUUGUCUUUCUGCAUUAUUCUCUUGGCUGAAUGUUGUCCGCUGUGUACGGCAUGGCUGACUAGUGACAAUCUAUCGUGUUUGUUCGGUUCAACAGAAGCUGAAGUCGGUAGGAGGCUCGCAGUGUGUAGUUCAUGAGUCAAACAGACCUGUUACCCACGCAGCACACUGAAUGUCAUCUUUUUCCUGUUAAACGCAGUUAGUCAGUGUUUAAGACGCACUUCCCCUUAUUGCUUUCUUAUGUAAUCGAUGAGAGAGAGUGUGUGUAUAUGCGCAAAAAUAUAUCACCUAUUUAAGGAAUGUUUUAAAACUUCUUAUAAUGAAUGUGGUGUGUCCAAAUCAAAAACUGCCACAUGCAAUAUUCAGCAUAGGCCUGUUUGUGUGAUCAACGCAUAUGUGGAUGUUUAAUUACACAGCA